CCGCCUCUCUCGGCCGGUCUCGGGGGCUCUGACUCUUCGUUAAGGCGCUCCGGCAAUGCUCUCUCUCCUUUCUAAGGCGCUCUCUUACUUCUGGAGACGCACAGAUGACGGAGAUGAGAGAUGGACGACCUCUGGUGAUAAAGAAUUGAAAAGGGUACAAGGAGUAGUGACAAGACUUUGCCAUGAUUAUGGGAUGAUAGAUGACAUGAUAGUCUUCACAAAGGAUGUUGUUACAAAAAACAUGCUGCUGGCUGUCGGACAAGAAGUUAUUGCCACUGUGGAAGAGGAUAAAACAUCAGGCGGCCUGAAGGCUGUCAGGGUAGACACUAUCCAGAAUACACAAGACUCCAGUCCUGAUUGUGAUGCCUCUGAACUAAAUAAGAAAACGUUAAUUGGCAGCAUUACCUUUCUCUCUGUGGAUGGUGGCUAUAUUAAUCAGAAUACAUACUUUGCAAUGCAAGACGUCUGGGAAGAUUUCAAGCCUUAUGAAGGUGACUGGGUGCAAGCAAAAUACUAUAUUAACUCAACAACAUGGAAGAGUGAAGCAGUUGCUGUAAGGCCUUUGAGGUAUAAACAAGUAAACAAGGUUCGCAUUUCCAGCGUCUGUGGAAGAACUGGGACAGUAGAUGACAGUAUAUUUUUCACUUUGGACUCACUGAGGCUUCCUGAUGGUUACUUACCUCGUAGGCAUGAUCUAGUGAACACAAUUGUGGUGGAGAGCAGUCAGUCCUGUUACAUUUGGAGAGCUCUCUGCUUGGUGCCAGUCAGCGAGGAUGGACAAUCUCACCCUAAUGAAGGUAAUGUGGAUGAAGACAUAAUUAGAGACAAAGGAGAGUUGGAAGUAUCAAGAAUGACUGACUUUGGAACGCUAAAGCAAGGGGAAUCUAAAAGAAUGAUCAUUUGGAUAGAGAAUAAAGGGAGCGUACCGCAGUCCUUAAUCAGCUGCAAAUUAGCUGGAUGGGUGAAAGACAAGCAAUUCAGUGUUGAAAUUCCUCAAAAAUGUGAGAAUAGUCCAUCUUUUCCAAUAAAUCAAGGAAACCUCUCAAAAGCUGCAGUUAAUUCAUUUAACAACAGUGGAGGAGCAGCGUGUGAGUCAUUGAACCAUACAUCCAUUAUGAAGGAUGGAGUCAUUCCAGAAGGAAUUAAUUUUCAAGAUACAAAUUUAUCAAGGACAAAGGAAAAUUAUUCCUUUGUGAAAGAUGAAAAUAUGCAAAAUGGAGAAAGUGAGCAAAAAGAUCAUAUGGAGCAACCAAUUAAGCACAGCAGUAUUACUCCGGAAAUUGUGAUACCACCCGGUGAAAAAAUAUCCAUAGUGAUUGUAUGCACAGCUAUGAUUCAUGGAUACAGUAAAGAGCUCCUGUUGCUUGGCUUUUCUGAUUUUACUGUUGGCCGCUAUAUUGAAGCCACUGUAACAAAUGAAGAAGAAUUACUUAUAGCACCUGUACAACCUUAUUCUCCAAGAAAGCCUAAAAUUAUUCCAGAGUCUCAGCCAAGGAAGACAACAGUGGCUGGCCCUCAACUCACAAGAAAUAAGAGAAGAUGGUGUUCAAACUUCCUCCCACAUUAUACCGUACCGGAUGAGUUAAGAAAAUGUGUCGAACAGCAUUUAGACAUACUGACCUUUCAGCCCCUCCUAGCAGAGCGUCUUAAUCUAGAUAAUUAUAAAGCAAACUUUUCUACUCUUUUAUGGCUUGAAGAGAUCCAAGCAGAAAGGGAUUUAAAAGACUACUACAUGAGUGGGGUUACUUUAAAAAGGAAUGGGAACUUGCUGGUGCUGGAAGUGCCAGGAGUAGAAGAGGGCAGACCUCGCCUGGUUCCAGGUGAUAAGGUGAUACUGAAAAGUCAGAUCUACUCAGAUCAUAUAAUAGAGUACGUUGCCUAUGUUGCUGAGAUAUGUGAGGAAGAUGUUACUCUUAAGGUUAAUGCAGACUUUGAACGGACUUACAACUUGGAGCCCAUGGAUGUGGAAUUUGUUCAUUGCAGGAUUCCUGGCAGACGAUGCCAAUUGGCCAUUCAGCAAGCUCUCUACCUGGGUGAAAAAGUGUUAUUUCCAGAAAGGCUUGUGUUACAAUCACCACAAACUAUCAAGACCCAGAAUACUACAGAGUAUUGUGCUGUUGAUGCUGAUCUUAAACAAUCCUCACAGCAGGAAAGUAAGGUCAAGGAAAAGCAGAACAAACCGACCACAGGUUUGACACCAAGGGAGGUGAACAUAACAGAUGGGAUGAGAGUAACUCUGCAAACAAGCCAACUUGUUGGUGAAACUGUGGCACUUAAACAGAGAGAUGGUGAUUUUUUCAAUCCUGUGCUGAAUGUGCAACAGAAACUGGCAGUGAAAAGGAUACUGAGUGGUGAAUGUCGCCCAACACCUUAUCUUCUCUUUGGACCACCAGGAACUGGAAAAACAGUAACAGUUAUUGAAGCUAUUUUGCAGAUACAUUUUACUCUCCCAGACAGUCGGAUUUUGGUAUGUGCGCCGUCAAAUGCUGCAACGGAUCUGAUCUGCUUGCGGCUGCAUCAAAGCAAUCUCUUAAAACCAGGAACUAUGGUCCGAGUUAAUGCUGCCUUCAGGUCAGCAGAGCAUAUUGAUGACAUGGUGAAACCUUACUGCAAAGAUGGUGAUGAUAUUCAGAAGGCAUUGUGGUCCAGGAUUGUAGUUACGACAUGCAGCACUGCGGGAUUUUUUUAUCAAGCAGAUACACGUUUAUUGCAGGCACCUGUAUUGUGUAAGAGAGCAAAGCCCUUGGUUUUAGUAAUGUUUAAGCAGCAACUUUCUCAGUGGCUUGGACAUUUCACUCAUGUGAUUCUGGAUGAGGCAGGUCAAGCAAGUGAACCAGAGAGUCUGAUUCCUAUUGGGUUGAUUUCAGAAGCUGAUGGACAGAUAAUUCUCGUUGGAGAUCCAAAGCAGUUAGGGCCAACAGUAAAAUCUAAACUUGCACAGACUUUUGGAUUAAGUAUGUCCUUGCUUGAAAGACUGUCAUCAAGAGAGCUAUAUCUGAGAGAUGAGGAUGCUUUUGGUGCCUGUGGAGCAUACAAUCCUUUGUUGAUCACUAAACUCACAAAAAACUACCGAUCGCAUUCUGCGUUGCUUGCCUUACCAUCUAAAUUGUUUUAUCAUAAGGAGCUAGAAGUUUGUGCAGAUACUGCUGUAGUAACAUCUUUGUUGAACUGGGGGAAAUUGCCCAGGAAGGGAUUUCCAUUAAUUUUUCAUGGAAUAAGGGGCAGUGAAACACGUGAAGGUUGCAGUCCUUCAUGGUUUAAUCCAGCUGAAGCUGUUCAAGUAAUGAUGUACUGUUGCCAGCUGGCUAGAAGUGAAUACUCUGCAGUAUCAGUAGCAGAUAUUGGAGUGAUUGCACCAUAUCGUAAACAGGUGGAAAAAAUUAGAGUUCUUCUCAGAAGUAUUGAUUUGGAAGAUAUAAAGGUUGGCACAGUAGAAGAGUUUCAAGGGCAGGAGUUCAUGGUUGUCAUCUUAUCAACAGUGCGAUCUCAGAAAGUCGUAAUUGAUGAUGAAAAGCAGUGUUUGGGCUUUCUCUGUAACCCAAAGAGAUUUAAUGUAGCAAUUACUAGAGCAAAAGCUUUGCUGAUUGUUGUGGGAAAUCCUCAUGUCCUUGUGAAAGAUCCCUGUUUUUGUGAACUGUUAGAGUACAGUUUAAUGAACGGAGCCUAUAGAGGUUGUGACCUGCCCACAGAGCUGGAACACCUGCAGAAGUGUGACUAGUUUUUUGUAUUCAAGAUGCAUCCAAGCAUUGGGUUUUCUGUUUUGAAACUAACAACACUUAUGAGAAAUUCAGUCCUGAGCAGAUCAAGAACUUUUUGUCCUCAGGGAGAGGCAAAUGUUCUGAAAUGGAUAGAAGUUCCUGCAAACAUUUUUUUUCUUUUUUUUUUUUCCUAGAAGUGAAAAAGUUGAAAUUAAGAGUAUAAAAUAGUAGUGGCACCUUACUAGCUUUUCUGUUUAAAAUGUGUUUUACUGUGCCUCUGCAAAGAACAGUAUGCCUGAAUCCUCCAGGCUUCAGGAGAAAAGUACUGAAGGACUCCUACGUCAGCUUUUCCUUAUUCUAUAAUUGUUUCAGCUUCUCAGUUUUCUCAGACUUGUGUAGUGCCACCUUAAACUGGACUGUCCCAAGAAUAUAGAUGUGUGUGUCAUUGCUGUGGGAGCCUUACAGUAAUAUAUCUACUAUGUGAACUGGAAUGAUACAUUAAAUACCUCCACUCAAGCGAUUUUGAGUACCUUAAGCCAAAACCCUACUUCCAGUUUUUAAGGCCUUUGUGUGUAGGCGUUUUUGGUUUCCACUGUAGUUUAGCCAUCUGCUGUGGUGUAUGUCAGAGCAAUGCCUUAAGUGGUGGGUUAAAGAAAAAAAAUAAAAUUAAAACUCUGUUUUGCCUUUCUGUAAAUGUGCUAUAGAAUAAAGUAUUGUGUUUUAUUUUGGAAAAGUUAAAACAAAAUUAUAGGUUAGCAGUAUUUCUGCUCUUGGUUUAAUU